CUUCCAAACACAAGAAACAAACGUAGAGAUACAGAAGAGCGCAGUGGCGAAUAUAUCUCCGGACACCGCAAUUGUUUGAAGUAAAAGUGUUCAAUUCGUGAACAAAUCCUCACUUUUCGGGUGAGAUUCAUAUUUUUCUUGCAUCACAGAGAAGUGUCACGUGGAAUAUCAUCAUUUGUAGUGGGUUGAAGUACAGAACUUUUGCGUGACCAAUCGUUUAUUUGCUGUCAUCGAUUUUCCUUGCUCCGAAGUGCGUUCCGCGGCGCUGAACGCAGUAGCUAAAUGAGUAAAAUGACGAAGAACAAACUAAAUCUCACGUUGCCACCAGGCUCGGUGGAUGUUCCCGCAGGUCAGCAGACAACCCCAACGCCAUCCUUCAAGACUCCUUCGGGCACAGAGUACGUCAUUGGGAAACACAAUUUGCUGGGCAAGGCAAAGAACAGUAUCGAUGCGUUGACGGAAACCCUGGAGGAGCUGGAAAUCGAUGAGAACGCAAGAAAGCGGAUAAAGGUUUUCCUCAGCCAGAAGGAGAAAAUUGGCGAGCUGAGCGAUGAGGAUCUAGAGAAGCUCGGCGAGCUGGGUUCGGGUAACGGAGGGGUAGUGAUGAAGGUGCGACACAUUCCAACACAGCUCAUAAUGGCCCGGAAGUUGAUUCAUCUGGAGGUGAAACCUGCGAUUAAGAAACAGAUAAUCCGGGAGCUGAAGGUGCUGCACGAUUGCAACUUUCCGCACAUUGUCGGAUUCUACGGAGCGUUUUACAGCGACGGUGAGAUUAGCAUCUGCAUGGAGUACAUGGAUGGUGGUUCGCUGGAUUUGAUUUUGAAACGAGCGGGUCGCAUUCCGGAGCCGAUUCUGGCCAAAAUUACCUGCGCUGUGUUGAAAGGGCUGAGUUACUUGAGGGAUAAGCAUGCCAUCAUGCAUCGGGAUGUGAAACCUAGCAAUAUUCUGGUGAAUAGUAGCGGGGAGAUAAAGAUCUGUGAUUUCGGGGUUUCUGGACAGUUGAUUGAUUCGAUGGCGAAUUCUUUCGUGGGAACCAGGAGUUAUAUGUCGCCGGAGCGUCUGCAGGGAACCCAUUACUCAGUCCAAUCGGACAUCUGGUCGCUCGGGUUGUCGCUAGUAGAGAUGGCCAUUGGAAUGUACCCGAUUCCUCCACCGGAUGCCAAAAUGCUGGAUUACAUCUUCCAGGAGAAGGGUGACGAUAGUUCGCCCGGACAAAACAUUAUCGAACCGAAACCGAUGGCCAUUUUCGAGUUGCUCGAUUACAUUGUCAACGAACCUCCGCCCAAACUGGAGCACAGUUCCUUCACCGACAAAUUCAAGGAUUUUGUCGAUCGGUGUCUGAAAAAGAAUCCCGAUGAGCGAGCCGAUCUCAAAACGUUGAUCAACCACGAUUGGAUCAAAAACAUUGAACAGGAAGACGUCGAUAUCGCGGGCUGGGUCUGCAAAACGAUGGAUCUGCUUCCUUCCACACCGAAGCGGAAUGUGUCCCCGAACUAAAACAUCAUCAUCAAAAACAAAAAAAAAAACAAUGAACUCCGCUGGAUGGAAACAAGGAACAAAAUUUAUACCCAAUAAUCGUCAAUGUGUACAAGUUUCUAUUCGACGUAAAGUUAGGCGCGUAUUUCGGAGGUUAACCUUAGGUAUUCCAAAGUAACUUGCGCAUCUUUUUUAAAUACCGCUCCCUGUUUACAUAUUUUUUCCUAGGUGCAAAGAGCAGAUGCAAAUAAUUGUAAUUGAUGUUGUUUUUUUUCUUUUAUUUGAGUGAUUAAGCUCUCGCGUUUUACGUUGUGGGAUUGUCUACAGUGUAGAUUUUUUAAAAGUUGUUUUAUAGUGGCAGACAAAUGUUGUAAAGUUUAUGCGUAAUUCGAAUAAAGAAAUUGUCUUGCUAGCGGAAACCCUGAGAAUAACUGCAGUCACUAUCAUCGGCCAUAAGUUCGUUUGUUACAGUCAGAAUUGGGGAAUCACCGAAAAAACAGUAAACAUAUAAACCACAAGCAGAGAGUAAUUCAUAUAUUAGUAUUGCUAAUAACUAACGAAGCGAUGUCACUGGGUGUCAUUCUUAUCCCAAUUAUUAUCCCAAUUAUGGUAAAUUCACAUCACAUACAUAUUAAGCUACAAUUACUAUGUCAUGGCGAUAGAAUCGCAACGGAAGAUACGAUACGAGACAAAUAUGAAGACAAGGGCAAAAACGCAUUUCCUCUCGCAGACAAAUGGAGACCGACUGAGACGGCCACCCCCUAUUGAAUGAGAUUUUCAUAAACGCAUUUCGUAAACAUAUAAUGUUAAAGCAACACACUAAAUCUAUUAUACAUUUCCAAAAUCAUGAUAUGACUCCAAAAUGGUAUGAAGAAAAACAACUCGUAGAUAUACAUAGCAGUGAUCCAACUUUUCAUGCAAAAUGCAUCGAACUAUUUUAAAUCCA